GUGCUGCUGGUACGUAGCUCAGUCUUUCAUGUGGCUGCUGAGAUAUAAACCACACACUGACUGCAUGAUCCGCUUCACUAUAGGCUUUUGCUUUUUCCAGCUCUCAGGUCUACGGGAGGAAAUACAGUGUCAUUGAAUUGCUUAGUUUCUCUGUAACAGGAUCUUAAGUGAAAGCAUCUGCUUCAGCAACAUGAGUAACAUGAAGAUGUAUGACUUGACUCAGUCAACUCCAACAAAUUUUCCGUCUCCUGAUGACUAUGAAUACAAUUCAUCUGAUUCUGAUGGGGAUAUUGAUUAUGAGUUAGAAGAUGACACAGUGUUUGACAGAUCUAUGGACAUUACAUUGGUGUUUGCCUAUAGCAUCACAUUUCUUCUGGGACUUUUUGGAAACAGUGUUGUCAUUUUUAUUACUGGAUGCAGAGUGAAAAAGACGAUGAAGUCCCUCUGGUUCCUGAAUCUGGCUAUUACCAAUCUCAUAUUUAUAUUAUUCCUCCCACUCAAAAUUACAGAAAUGGGUUUAUAUCAUCACUGGCCUUUUGGGAAGGUUUUAUGUAAAUUAGACAAUAUGGUUACAGUUCUGAACAUGUUUGCCAGUGCAUUUUUCUUGGCAGUUAUAACCUUAGAUUAUUUGCUCACUGAAGUUUGGUCUACUUUGUCACAAAAGUACAGGACUGUUAAGAGAGCCUCAGUUAUUGUUUUAAUGAUAUGGGUGCUGACAAUUAUCCUAAGUGCACCAAGUUUUGUAUUCAUCGAUAUACUCCCGCAUAAUAAUUCAAAAGAUGUCUGUAUUGACGACUAUCUAAUUGGUGAGAUAGACACUGAUGAAGAUUAUCAGAAGUCCUUAAGUCAUAUGAGAGAGUUGGUAUUGACCAUAACUCAGUUCUUAUUUGGUUACCUUAUUCCAUUUGUCAUAAUCAUUGCUUGCUGUGUGAUCACAGAAGUGAAGAGUCAAUCAUGCAGGUUUAUUAAAACAAACAAACCUUUCAAGAUCAUUGCAGCUUUGAACAUAGCCUUCUUCAUUUGCUGGAUUCCAUACCACGUUUUUAUCUUUUUGCAACUGGCAAGCACAGAUUUUGAUGACUUAAACACAACUACCAAGAAAGUUGUGAGAGUUGGUAAUACUCUAGCCUUCAGCCUUGCCUUCUUCUAUAGCUGCAUCAAUCCCAUUUUGUAUUUUUGUAUGGGUGAGGACUUCAGAGAAUAAAUAAUGUCUUCCAAUGCAGAUUGCCUGUGGGAAUGGACAAUCAAAGAUUAACUUUCAAGAUCAAUGAUAACGACUACACAAUACAUUGAAAAUCUGACCCAGAAAUCAUUGUAGUUUAGUAGCACUUCAUGUAUGCAGACACUGAAGUACAUACCAAAGGAAGGGUAUCCACUAUCUCAGUCAAUGCAACAUUUUAAACAUUCGUUAAAAUUGUGUAGUCAUUAGCACUAAAUAAAUGCCAAGUUCAUUCUGGAGCAAGGAGAAGGCAGACCCAUUAAGUUACAGUACCUGCAGUAUUCCUAACAUGCCUUCACUUUAGACUUCAUGUUAUAAGAUUGAAGGAGACCUCCACUGAUAUAAAAUGUAUAUUCUUAUUACA